AUGUCCUCCGCCAAAGAUUCUUUGGACGAUGUUGGCGGUGGCGAAGCUACUCUCCAUUCGUCCUUCUACGCUCUCCCCGGCGAGAUCCUCUGCAUAAUCUUUCAAAAGGUUGCUGAAGAUGUGUACUACAACUGCGAUACAAUCCCCAGUCUCACUGCCAAAAAUGCGGAAGACAACUUGAUUGAAGGCCAGCGUACUCUGUGCGCCCUCUCGCUUACUUGCAGGCGAUUUUACGUGAUUGUCCAGCCGAUCCUCUACCGCACAAUUGUUUUUCCCCCUUGUUAUCCAGACAAACAUCAACUCCUCUUGCGAUCGAUAACACAGGCACCCAGCACAGCUCAGCAUGUCACACAGCUUAUUUUCUUCGAGGGCCUUCUCAGCGGACCUGAGGUCACCAUGCCUGCGGAUUCGGAAUCAGAUGACACAUACCCUAGGGACCACACCAACCUGAUCAAACUACUCCGUUUCCUGCCUCAGCUUCGGCAGUUCUGGUACGUCCCUUUUGAAGACCAGAGCGCUGCGCAUUCUGGCCGAAAUGACUACCAUCCAUACACCGACAUGGGUAUGCGGCCUAGGUCAUAUCCGCUUUUUUUCACUUUUAUGGCUGCAGUCAAUCGCACCAACGAGCCCGGACUCUUUGACUGGCUUAAUGGACGCCUCGAGGACAUAUAUCUCCAUGGAUUCCUUGAAUCGGCGUUCAUGGUAUUCCUGGGCAUGAUCUUGGCUCUUCCGACUCUCCAUACCCUCCGCUUGUCACAUUGGCCGAGCUUUUCUUUGUUUCCUGGUGUCUCCCGCGCCUGGAAUGCUUCCAAUGUUCGCAGAUUGUUUCUAUCUUGCCGUGCCAAUGAUAUAGACGACAUCCCCGAGAUUCUCACUGCGGUCAAGGCCCUUGAGGUGCUGCACCUUGAGGUCGAUGCGUCAAUUAGCACUUUCUACGGCCAGUUCGUCAAUCUCCAAGAUCUGUUCCAAUCAGAGAGUUGGUCUUCUGCUGGCCCGAGACCUGUUCUGGAUGCCCUUGCGCAACACCACAAGACUCUAAAGGACCUCCGCAUUGUUGGCCCUCACCCAAUGGGUUCACUCGCGAAUCUGGACUUGUCCCCCUUUGAGAACCUUGCCGUCAUCGAUCUCCCCGAUUGUCUUCUCUUCGACUCGUUGACGACAAUCCACGAUCUCAUUCCCCGACUCCCCAGCGCCCUCGGCAUCCUUACCGUGGACAUCUCCAGUGCGUCGGCGCUCACUUGCAUCAUGAUGGGUCACCUUGCUUCCCAUGCGGACUACUUCCCGUCGUUGAAGAAGGUGGCCUUGACCAACCGCGGUGACCGUACUCUUCAGCUCGUGGGACAAGACACCCCGUCGCAACUUGAAGUUGAGCUGGCCAUAGCCGAGAAGAAGUUUGCGGACCAUGCCGUUGUUUAUGAGUAUCCGGAUCGUCUCAAGUGCCGCGUGCAGCAGUGGGUGAGGAUGGAAAUCCGGGUCAUCUCGAGUAGACGAGUGGGUAGAAUCAACCCCGGCGUAUUUGAUGAUGCAUAG